GUGAUUUACGACAUUAAUAACAACAUACGGCAGGCUGCUCCACAACCUUUACCACAAGGAUAACGUGAAUACCCUGAUUAAAUUUGACUGUAUACAGCUAUAAACCAACACAAAAAAAAUCAACGUGUGGGUGUCGCCCCACUUCCCACAUGGCCAACCCACUUCGCGGUGAAGUGAUUCGACUUUACAAAAACCUGCUCUAUCUCGGUCGGGACUACCCAGAGGGAUCGGCCUUUUUCCGAGAGCGCCUCAAGUCGGCCUUCAUGAAAAAUAAAGAUGUGACGGACCCCGAGCACAUCAAAAAGCUUGUGGGACGAGGAGAGUUCGUCAUCAAGGAGCUGGAGGCACUCUACUUCCUCAAGAAAUACAGAGCCAUGAAGAAGAGGUACUAUGACCCGGAAACAUAAUUCUAUCACGGAUGUAAGCAUUACGAUGAAAUCCUAGCCUGGACUAUCGUGAAGACUGGCUUGGUCCAUUUGUCAUGAUAUUUUAAAUGUAAGAUAAUUCAGCAUUUUUUUUUUCCCCACACAAGCACUCUUGGACACAGAAUCAAAAGUGAGCAUUGGAAAAUGUUACUUGGUUUUGAACUCUUGCAGAAGUCGUUUGUGCACGUUGAAUACAUAAAGACCAAUGGAGCCAUAAUUACACAACUGUAACUGUGAAUUUAUCAAUACCAACAAAACAUACAGCUGUACGUUCAUCAUGACGAUGAUGUUCGAUGGAUUCAAGGGGAAUUUGUGACAAAUGAAUGUCAAUGUAUGUACAGUCAAUCCAAUCUAUGUCGUAAGUACAACCAAAUAAAUGGGAAUGAAAC